CAAGACAAAAAAACCAUAAAAGUGGUAGUUGUAGAGAGAGAAAGUCGAGUACAAGACAAUGCUUUUCAGAGAGAAAAAAUGAAGCUAACUCACCGUUUGCCCCAAAAAGGUAAAAGCCUCAUCUUCUCAUAAAUUCCAUAUUCCACUCUGAGGAUGGGACGGAGAGACGAGGAGAGAACGACAACAAAAUCAUAAAACGACAAAAAAGCAGACCUCAUAGUCUCUAAAUUCAGACAAACGUAACCAUUUACAAACUACAGGUCUUUCAAAAUUUCUGAAAGAGCUUGUAAUUGAGCCAACCGACUCUCUCUCUCUUUCUUUCUGAAGAAACCAGAGAGAAACAGAAAAUCUCUGAACAUUUCUUUAUGCGUAGGAGUGGAUUGAACCGGUACUCUUUGGAAUUUUCUUUAGAUUUCUUGUAGGUUUUGAUCAGUUUACAGAGUCCAGUGGAUUACUAUUGAAUACUGUGCGUCACUAUUUUGGUUCGUUGUUUGUAAAUUAGAAUUUUGUUGAUCGAAGUAUCUUAUUACUCGCUUUAGCUUUUUCUUUCUGAGGGUUUUACAUAUAUUUGUUCAGUUGCUGUAGAUCGGCUAUGGACUGCUUAGUUUCUUGCAUCCGAGAUAAGUAAUUUUCUAGAUCCGGUCUUUCAUUGAAGAACUAUUUCUAUCCUUUUUUUGCUUUUUGUUCCAAUAUCUUUUUGUCUUGAUUGAUUGUUUUAAGAAUUUAGCUGUAUCAAUGUUUCAAGAUGAUGGAUCAUCAUCUGUGACAUCAUCACCUCUCCAAUUUUUUUCAAUGAUGUCACUUUCACCUAGCAUUGGCUCACCAUAUUCAUGGUUUAGAGAGCUAAAAUCAGAGGAGAGAGGGUUGUAUUUGAUCCAUCUAUUGCUCACUUGUGCAAACCAUGUAGCUUCUGGUAAUCUUGAAAAUGCAGAGAUUGCUCUUGGGCAGAUCUCUCAUCUAGCCUCUGCUGAUGGCGAUACUAUGCAGCGAAUUGCUGCUUACUUUACUGAGGCACUUGCUCAUAGGAUUAUCAAAUCCUGGCCUGGUUUACACAGGGCCCUUAAUGCUACUAAAAUGAGUUUGGUUUCUGAGGAAAUUUUGGUUCGCAAGUUAUUUUUCGAGAUGUUUCCUUUCCUGAAAGUUGCUUUUGUGCUUACGAACCAAGCUAUAAUUGAAGCCAUGGUAGGGGAAAAGAUGGUUCAUGUUAUUGAUCUUAAUGCAGCUUAUCCUACCCAAUGGCUAGCACUUUUCCAAUGUUUAAGUGCACGGCCUGAAGGGCCACCCCAUUUGAGAAUUACAGGGAUCCAUCAACAGAAAGAGGUAUUGGAUCAAAUGGCACAUAGACUAAUUGAAGAAGCAGAAAGGUUGGAUAUUCCCUUCCAGUUCAAUCCUAUUGUCAGCAAAUUAGAGAAUCUUGAUGUUGAAAAGUUGCGUGUCAAAACUGGGGAGGCUUUAGCGAUUAGCUCAGUUCUCCAAUUGCAUUCUUUUUUGGCCUCAGAAGAUGAAUUGAGGAAGAGAUCUCCAGUGACAUUGAAGAAUUCAAAUGGACUUCACUUGCAAAGAGUCUCUCAAAUGAACCAAAACACAUUAGGGGAGUUGCUAGAGAAAGAUAUGGUAAAUGGAUAUAGCCCAAGUCUGGACUCAACCUUAUCAUCGCCUCUGUCUUCAACUGCUUCCACAAAGAUGGAUUACUUUCUCAACACCCUUCGGAGUUUAUCACCAAAACUGAUGGUAGUAAUGGAACAAGAUUCUAAUCAUAAUGGAUCGACUCUCAUGGAGAGGCUAUUGGAGGCAUUAUACUCUUAUGCUGCCUUGUUUGAUUGUUUGGAAUCCAACGUAUCAAGAACAUCCAUGGAGAGAUUGAAGGUGGAGAAAAUGUUUUUUGGAGAGGAAAUAAAGAACAUCAUAGCAUGCGAAGGAGCUGAAAGAAAGGAACGGCAUGAAAAACUUGCGAAGUGGAUUCAGAGGCUUGAUUUGGCCGGAUUUGGAAAUGUGCCUUUGAGCUACCAUGGCAUGCUGCAAGCAAGAAGGUUAUUACAAGGGUAUGGCUGUGAUGGUUACAAAAUUAUGGAAGAAAAUGGGUGUGCGGUAAUUUGCUGGCAAGAUAGGCCUCUUUUUUCUGUGUCAGCUUGGAAGUGUAGAAAAUAAGAGUAACAUUAUCACACAGUACUCAGAGCUUUUCAGCUUUUGCUUCAUUGUAUGUAGAGUUUUUUUAUCAUCUUGGAAAUCUCUAUACUUCAAAAAAUGAUUUGAAGGCUCCCUUCAUGUGCGUAUAUAUAUAUAUAUAUAUAUAUAUAUAUACAUGUUCUUCAUGAUUAAUUCUCAAUUUUGUUUUAAUGAUUAUCUAAUGCUGCUCUUUCUUAAGGCUUUUAC